UGUAAACCAAAGAUUGGGCUGAAAAUGACGCUUUAUUUCAUGCUGAAAAGCCGUCAAUAUCCAACAUGAACUCGCGCAAAUUGAGCCUGUGGACACUGUAAAAUAUUUUUAAAUGGAUUUAGUGCCUUUUAUUCAUUGCGGAGGAUCACCUGCACUAACUAAUUAUGCCGCACUGUGUUCCCUCUUUGAUGCACGCGUGAUCAAUUUCAAUGCACAUCCUAUAAUUUCAUUAUUACCUUUUCUCCCUUUCCUUUUCUCGUUUCUUGUUUAAUAUGAGUACCAUUGCAAAACUACUUAUUCUAUACUUUAUUAUUCUCGUCAACCUGGUGUUGCUGUAUCGCUACUUUCCACACAAACUACAGCCUCCAUAUGUACCAACCCAUUAUGGCCUCUCGCUCGUCAGACCUGAGCAUCGCAAGUAUACAAGUCCAGCCGUUGAGCAAUUCUUGACCAAGACCGAGUCCCAGAUGAAAGACAAGGACCUGUACGUGUUACUACAAAAUUGUCUACCCAACACUUUGGAUACCACCGUAGAAUGGUUCAAUUAUAAUAGCACGGAUCCGAGGACAUUUCUGAUCACAGGCGACAUACCAGCCAUGUGGAUACGCGAUUCUACCAACCAAAUAUCUCCUUAUAUUAGAUUUGUAAAUGAAGACCCGGGGCUAAAGGAUCUAAUAUUUGGCGUAAUUCAGGUUCAGGCAAGUUAUCUCGACUAUGAUCCUUAUGCAAACGCUUUUCUUCGUCCUUGGUAUGCUCCACCAGUUGAGAACCCACGGAAGGGUUCGACUACGGACAAGGUCACACCUGCUUAUGAUCCGACCAUAGUGUGGGAAUCCAAGUAUGAGCUGGACUCUAUCAGUCAUUUCUUCAAGUUGACAAAUGACUAUGUGGAUGCUACAGGUGAGAUCGAGCGUAUACUAGAAUCGACUGAUUGGAUGAAUGCUGCUACAAGAGUGCUUCAAGUACUUCAAGAUCAAAUGAAAGAUACUUGGCCGUCUACAUCAACAACCUCCGUUCGAGACGAUCCACAGCGAGUGCCGCUAGAGCAAGGAUAUAGAUUUACGAGAUAUACUGAUAGACCAACAGAGACCCUGGGUCAAUCUGGUAUAGGAGCCAUAGGCAAAAAAUGUGGACUGAUCAAGAGCGCAUUUAGACCAAGUGAUGAUGCCACAACCUUGCCAUACUUGAUUCCAGCGAAUGCUCAUAUUUCUGUCGAACUGACAAGAUUAAGCAAACACAUUCGAGUUUAUACAAAAGCAAGCUAUCGGCAAGAAUAUAAAGAUUUAGCAGAAAUUGCAUCCAAGAUCGGACAGACUGUCAAGAUCGCAGUGGAACGGCAUGGAGUUGUGACACAUCCUGUAUUUGGUCAAAUCUAUGCUUAUGAAGUUGACUGCUAUGGCUCAGUACUUAUCAUGGACGAUGCCAACUUACCCUCUUUGCUGAGCUUACCUUAUCUGGGAUUUACAACAAAGAAUGACGUUGUCUAUCAGAACACGAGAAGACUCGUGCUCUCUCAUUGGAAUCCAUGGUACUUUGAAGGCAAGUUCGUCAAGGGCAUCGGAAGUCCUCAUACAGGGGAAGAUAUGGUAUGGCCUAUGAGUAUCUUGAUGCAGAUCAAGACUUCAAGUAAUGAGAAUGAAAUACGAAAACUUAUCGAUUUAGUUAAGCAAGUUGCCAAGAGUGCAAAUAGUCUGAUGUGUGAGUCAAUGAAUAGCAAUGAGCCAAGUAAAUACACAAGAGCAUGGUUUAGUUGGGCAAAUGGGUUAGCUGGAAGUACAAUCAUAGACCUCAUACAAGAAUAUCCUCAUUUGGUUUGAACGUCCGCAAUAAAGAAAAUUCUAACCAAUCAUACAUGACAGAAACGCCUCUCUAAAUAACUCUUUUUUUUAUUAUUUUUCGCGUCUUUUCCCUUUUUCAG